AUGGAGACGGGGUAUUCGGAUUACAGCGAUAAAGACGUGAUUAAUAAUGGCAUUUUUUUACAUUAUUUGGAGGGCUUAUUUGAGGGAAAGAUGAACACGGAUAAAAGCAUGCUACUGAUGGGAAGGAUAUUCGGUAGCGGAAGGAAGAUGCAUUUUGAGAGCUAUGUUGAAGCCGAGAUGAAUCCACGCAUAACCUGGGAAGAUGAUUUUCUUUAUUUCUGCGUAACCAUAAUGCGUAACCGACUUAUUGGAAGUUCCGGGUGA